GGAAUGAAUCCUGCAACUGAUUGUUAGCCACUCUGUACACCUCAGUUCCUUCUGCCAUGAAAAGAAUAUAGAUCAAGAUUUCUGAGGGGAAAGAUCAAUGAAUGGGGACAUAUCUGUAAGGUUUUUUUUUUCUUUGCUUUUUUUUUGGGGGGGUACUGCCUGUAAUUCUGCACUGGAAGAUAUAUUGGAUAUUUCCAAUUUCACACCAAGAAAAGCUGAAUUCUGUUUUGAAAACAAAACUCCAAAUAAGUUAAAGGAAAAGCCAGAAACCAAGGAGACAUAUGGCAUUCCCUCAUUUUUGAACUAUAGUACAGUUCCCGCCCCCACCCCCAACUAUUUCUCUCUCAGGCAAGUUAUUUUGGGGAUGGGGUAAGGACAGAACAGAUAGACAUUAAAACAUUCAAUUCAGUGCUGAAUGAAAUAUGUUUGAAUCCAUCUCAUAUACGAUCCCUAAAAUUCAAGGGUGAAGAUCUCAGUGCUGACUCAAAUUAUUUGUAUAAUGCAUGAGAAAGUUGCAUAUGGUCCUUUAAUCAGACCCUGAAUAUUUGAAGCUUUCUAUGGAAACUCUGUUGGUAAUCCUUCAAAACCUACCAAACAAUAAAAAAUUUAAAAUUAUAACUUAAAAUCCUAGGCUCAGCUCCAACUAGAAUAAAGAGCUCUUCAAGGAAAAAUGCAAUUAUGUUUCUGAGGUAGCUGAAUUUCUAUAAUUUUGGAACACUCACUUCAUACAUAUAGGCCUAUUUAAAAAACACACACAAGCAAAACAACUUUUAACAUUCUUAAAAAGCCCUAUAGAUACCAUGUAAAGACAAUUGAAAAGGUAAGUGACAAACAGGUUAUAAAUCCCUCUGAUCUUCAGCAACAAAUAUGAACAUUCUUGGUGGCAGACAUGUUUACAUCAUUUUUAUUUUUACUAAUAUCAAUUGUGUAUUCUUCUUAUGACCCUCUAGGUGACAAUAUUUAGCAAAACAUGGCUGAUCACCAAAAACUAAGCGUUUGGGCUAAGAGAAGACUAGGAGAAUAACUCUUCAGAAUAGAUAGGGAAGUGGGAAAGAAUUCCCAGUGGGAAAGAAUUCACAUUUGUAUUGCUGCUAAGAAAACAUGCCCAUUAGUAGAAACUGAGAAUAAUGUGAAGGAGACUUUGCAUCCUAAAAAUAUCAGCUUCCAACUACAAGAUGUAGGAUGGAGAUGCACAGACAAAAUAGUAGCAUGGAGGAUAAUUUUGUGAUCCUUGGAUUCAGUAGCACUGGAAAUUUACAGUUUGUGCUUUUCGCUUUGUUCCUUCUAAUGCACCUCAUCACGCUCUCAGGACACCUGGCCAUUGUGGUCCUAACUUUACUCGAUCCUGCCCUGCACAUCCCCAUGUAUUUCUUCCUACGCAACUUGUCUUUCCUUGAGGUCUGUUACAUUCUGGUCAUUGUGCCUCAAAUGCUUGCCAACUUCUUGGACAAGAGCAGAAAUGUAUCCUUGACUGCCUGUGCAGCACAGAUGUACUUCUUCAUUGCCUUUGGGGGAUCUGAAUGCUUUCUAUUGGCUUUGAUGGCCUAUGAUAGAUACUUGGCCAUAUGCAACCCAUUGCGCUACACUGUCAUCAUGAACAAGAAUCUCUGCAAACAAUUUUUGGUGAUAGCUUGUAUCAGUGGAUUCACAAUCUCACUGGGACUCACUGGUUUGAUUUUCAGUCUUCCUUUUUGUAGUUCACAUAAUAUUAAUCACUUCUUCUGUGACAUCCCGCCGGUGCUGUUCCUGGUAUGUAAUGAUACACAUGAUAAAGAAGUGGCUGUGUUCCUUGUCUGCACAAUGAUUUUACUCAUUCCAUUCUUGCUCAUUCUGACUUCCUACAUCUUUAUUGCCCAUUCCAUCCUCAUGAUCAAGUGUGCUGAGGGCCGGAAAAAGGCCUUCUCCACCUGUGCUGCUCACUUGAUUGUGGCCGUCCUCCACUAUGGCUGUGCCAUCUUCAUCUACAUCCGUCCAAAGGCCAGCUACUCCCUGAAUGAAGACAAAUUGGUCUCGUUGAUCUACACCAAUGUGACACCUAUGUUGCACCCUAUGAUUUACAGUCUUCGGAAUAAGGAAGUCAAAGGUGCAUUUAAGAGGCUAUGGGAAAAGAAAUUUAUUUCCAUGGGAAACAUAAACAGAUGAAACAUUGACCUGCCAACUACCAGUAGAAAAUGAUCUGACUAUU